AUGGCCGACCCGGCAAAGAAGAGGAGCAACCCCGCCACUUCGAGAGGAGGAGAGAGCCACACACGUGGUGCGAAGGCACCGCGUUUAGCCACCCGCGAUGGCCCUACCGAAGGUAGGGGCGGAAAACCUAGAAGUCCGCCAGCGGGUGGCAACAAGACUGCCAGCGGCCCUCUAGCUGCUGGAACCAGUAAGGCAGGCCCAAGUAACCUAUCCCCAAAAACAGGAGCCAGUGAUGCGGCCAACCUGGGGCCUGCCAAACAGACAAGAUACAAUUGUGAGGACUGCGGGAAGGCGUUCUACACCAAGAAUGGACUUACAAGACACAGACCCGCGUGUGGCACCGUAGAGCGGACCAAAUGCCAGUACUGCGGGUCGGAGUUUUCAUCUUUUACUGGCGUGCGACUGCAUGAGCACAGGGCACACGCCGCUGCAGUAAAUGACGAGAAGAGGGAGAGGCUGAAAGGCCGGAAUCUGAACUGA